AUGAAUGACAGAGUUGAACCUGUUAUGAUUGAUUUGACUGAUGUGUUUACCACCGGCAUGAUGUUUGAUACACGAGAUGAUUUAUUGAAAUGGGCUAGAAAUGUUGGAAGGGAAAAUGGAAUUGUCGUUGUCAUUUUUAGAUCUGAAACUGCGACAGCACGACCAAGAACAAAGACAAAAUUAAUUAUUGGUUGUGAAAAAAGUGGUAAAUAUAGACCUUGGAAGAAUCCUAAUCUUAAGAGGAGUACUUGGACUAGAAAAUGUGAAUGUCCACUUAGAUUUAGAGGAACACGAUCAAGUGUUGGUGAGAGAUGGUAUUUGCAUGUAAUGUGUGGUCUCCAUAACCACGAAUUGGCCAAAAAACUGAUUGGUCAUUCUUUCUUAGGCCGAUUGUCUCAAGACGAGAAAAAUGUACUUGGUGAUAUGACGAAGAACUUGGUAAAAUCAAAAAACAUUUUAAUGACACUAAGGGAUCAUAACGUUGAAAGUUUGACGACAAUAAAACAAGUUCACAAUGCACGUCUAGCAUAUCGUUCAUCACUUAUAGGUAAUAGAACAAAAAUGCAACAUCUUUUGAUAUUGAUGGAACGCGACAAAUAUGUCUAUCGAUAUAGAAAGGUAGAUGGUUCAGAUGAGUUGAGAGACAUAUUUUGGGUCUAUCCAGAUGCUAUCACUCUUAUUAUUGGUGUUACAUCUACUGAAAUGACAUUUUGUGUGAGAUUUGCAUAUCUACAGUCUGAGCGUGCUGAUAACUUCACGUGGGCACUACAAAUGUGGUUAAUUCCUCACAAGGAAAGGUUUGUUGAGGCGUGGACAAAUAGUGUUAUGCACUUUGGGAACACCACAACACAAAGGGUUGAGUCAGCGCAUUGGAGUUUGAAAAGGAUAUUACAAGAUAAUAUUGGUGAUAUAUGCAAUGUUUGGGAAAACAUCAAUAACAUGAUUGUAUUACAACACAAUAAUGUAAUAACAUCAUUUGAAAAUGGCAUCAUUCAAAAGGUGCAUCGAUAUAUUAAUAGAUUAUAUGCCAAUAUACGCGGUGUUGUGUCCAAAAAUGCAAUAGAUCACAUUGCGGCAGAGUAUGAUCGCAUGAAGUAUGUAGGUAUUGAUUAG